ACGCUCCGGUCCGGGGCCUCUCUCUUAGUCACCGUCGCAGGGACACUGCAGCAUUAGGCGCCGGGGGAGGAAGGAGCCAGUCCUCGUGGUGCAGCUCUCCCCGGCCUCCGGAGCACGAUGGCGGAUUACCUGAUCAGCGGAGGCACCUGCUAUGUCCCGGAUGAUGGGCUCUCAGCGCAGCAGCUCUUCGGGGCCGGAGACGGACUCACCUACAACGACUUCCUUAUACUUCCCGGGUACAUUGACUUCACGGCGGAUCAAGUGGACCUCACCUCGGCCCUUACUAAGAAAAUAACUCUAAAAACACCAUUGGUCUCGUCCCCAAUGGACACGGUGACUGAAGCCAACAUGGCUAUCACUAUGGCGCUGACGGGCGGCAUCGGUAUCAUGCAUCACAACUGUACGCCAGAGUUCCAAGCUAACGAAGUGCGCAAGGUUAAGAAAUAUGAACAAGGAUUCAUCACCGACCCCGUAGUGUUGAGCCCUAAGCACAGAGUACGAGACGUGUUUGAGGCGAAGGCACGUCACGGGUUCUGCGGGAUCCCCAUCACGGACAAUGGAAAGAUGGGCAGCAAACUGGUGGGGAUCAUUUCAUCCCGAGAUAUAGACUUCCUUAAAUCUGAAGAGCACGAUCUACCUCUGAGUGAAAUCAUGACCAAACGGGAAGAUCUUGUGGUCGCCCCAGCUGGUGUUAAUUUAAAAGAAGCAAAUGAAAUUCUGCAGAGGAGUAAGAAAGGGAAGCUGCCAAUUGUCAAUCAGGAUGAUGAGCUGGUGGCGAUUAUUGCUCGAACAGAUUUGAAGAAGAAUCGGGAUUAUCCGCUGGCUUCAAAGGAUUCCAAGAAGCAGCUGCUAUGCGGAGCAGCUAUUGGGACCCAUGAGGAUGAUAAAUACCGGCUAGAUCUCCUAAUGCAGGCCGGGGUAGACGCUGUGGUUCUUGAUUCGUCUCAAGGAAACUCCAUUUAUCAGAUCAAUAUGAUUAAGUACAUUAAGGAGAAGUAUUUGGAUCUUCAAGUCAUCGCCGGAAAUGUUGUGACUGCAGCGCAGGCUAAGAACCUUAUUGACGCCGGAGCAGAUGCCUUGAGGGUAGGAAUGGGAAGCGGUUCCAUCUGCAUAACGCAGGAAGCUGCACCCAAGAUCCCCCCAGACCUAAAGUCUCACAGCCCCAAGUGCCCCUCUAGUGUGACAGGCACUUAUAUGCUUGCGUGUGGAAGGCCUCAGGCUACUGCUGUGUACAAAGUGUCCGAGUAUGCAAGAAGAUUUGGCGUCCCUGUGAUCGCGGAUGGUGGGAUUCAGACAGUCGGCCAUAUUGCAAAGGCUCUCUCCCUUGGCGCCUCUACAGUUAUGAUGGGAUCCUUGCUGGCAGCGACCACAGAAGCCCCGGGUGAAUAUUUCUUCUCUGACGGCAUUCGGCUAAAGAAAUACCGCGGCAUGGGUUCCCUUGAUGCCAUGGACAAGAACGUGAGCAGCCAGAAGAGAUAUUUCAGCGAGGCAGAUAAGAUUAAAGUGGCACAGGGUGUAUCUGGCGCCGUACAAGACAAGGGAUCCAUUCACAAGUUUAUUCCGUAUUUGAUUGCUGGCAUCCAGCACUCCUGCCAGGAUAUCGGUGCAAAGAGUCUAAUGCAAGUCCGAGCGAUGAUGUAUUCCGGUGAGCUGAAGUUUGAGAAGAGGACUAGGUCUGCGCAGGUGGAGGGCGGCGUGCAUGGACUCCACUCAUACGAGAAGAGACUCUUCUAACCAGUGCCAAAUCUCUGCACAGAAUGUAGCCGCUGCCUGUGCUGCAUGUUCCCGAUGUGGAGGCUCUUACACCACCAGCUGCCUUGUCCUCAUCUGCCUGCUCCAGGAGAAGGAACUCGCAGUACUAUAGCAGUAAAUAAUUACUACUGAACAUAGUUUUGCAAUAAAAUAAAAAAUAUCAAAA